CGAUCGUCCUCUUCCCAGCCACAACAACAAUUUUCACGAUUGACGAAACAUCACAACGCGCCCCGGAUAUCGCCCCAGCUUCCCUCCCGCGACUAUCCGACAUCAUAUCUCACAUCCGCACAGUGGUUUCUGGUCAUCGCGAUUGCCUCGUCAGCCUGCGCGCCCUGGAGCGACUCUAGUCAUUCACCUCGGGCCUCCGGCCUAGUUGGCAACAGCCCUCUAGUCGCCGUCGUCCGCAUCAUCCGUCAUCCUCUCCGCCCAUAUCAACGGGCAUUUCCAUCAUCGUCACCUUCGCUACUGGUCGCGCGUGUCUCGCUCUUCAAUCGAGACGAUACAUUCAUUUUUUCUGCUUACGAGUUAACGAUUCGACGACACUACACUACACCCAUCACGUCUCUCACCGUCCCCUCACCGCGCCUUCGCCUCUUAACCGAAGAAUACCCACUCCCCUUAUCCAUCAGCCGAGAUGGCAAACCUUCAUUUCGCGCACUCCGGUGCGCCCGUCAAGACGGUGCAGGAGAUCCAGUUCGGUCUCCUCUCGCCUGAGGAAAUCAAAAACAUGAGUGUCGCGCACAUCUUAUACCCCGAGACCAUGGACGAGACGCGGACGAGACCUCGCCAGAGUGGCCUCAAUGAUCCGCGUCUCGGUUCUGUUGACCGUCAGUUCAAGUGUGCCACUUGUCUGGAGAACAUGUCCGAGUGUCCCGGCCACUUUGGUCACAUCGAGCUCGCGAAGCCGGUCUUUCAUCCGGGCUUUCUGAAGAAGGUCAAGAAGAUCCUCGAGAUCGUCUGUCACAACUGUAGCAAAGUCUUGGAUGACAGAAAUACUCCAGAUUUCGCGGCCGCCGUGAGCUCACGAGACCCCAAAGCUCGGUUUAACCGCGUCUGGAAUUGCUGCAAGACCAAGAGAGUUUGCAGCAAUGAGGUCCCCAACAAAGAGGAGGACAAGGAGUAUGAGCCGGGCAGCAAGCCCAAGUCGGAGGGUCACGGUGGUUGCGGUAACUUGCAGCCUCAAGUCCGCCAGACGGCUCUUCAACUAUGGGCCCACUACCAGGUCGUGAGCGAAGAAGGCGCCAAGACUAAGGAGAAGCGUGCCCUCGCCCCCGAGAUGGUUCUCAAUAUCCUCAAGCACAUAUCUGACGACGAUCUCCGUGAUAUGGGCCUGAACCCAGACUACUCCCGACCAGAAUGGAUGGUCAUCACAGUUCUUCCUGUCCCGCCGCCUCCGGUUCGCCCCAGUAUAUCUAUGGACGGAACCGGUCAAGGUCUGAGAAACGAGGACGAUUUGACCUACAAGCUGGGCGACAUUAUCCGUGCCAACGGCAAUGUUCGACAGGCCAUCCAGGAGGGCUCUCCCGCCCACAUCCUCGCCGAAUUCGAGCAGCUUCUGCAGUACCACGUCGCUACGCUGAUGGACAACGACAUUGCCGGUCAACCGCAGGCGCUACAGAAAAGCGGACGCCCUGUUAAGUCUAUUCGAGCUCGUCUGAAGGGGAAGGAAGGUCGAUUACGUGGUAACUUGAUGGGCAAGCGUGUGGACUUCUCCGCUCGUACUGUCAUCACAGGUGACGCCAAUAUUUCACUUGACGAAGUUGGUGUCCCGAAGUCCAUCGCCCGAACGUUGACGUACCCUGAGACGGUCACCCCUUACAAUAUAUCCCGCCUUCACAAGCUAGUCCAAAACGGACCCAACGAGCACCCUGGUGCCAAGUAUGUCAUUCGGUCGGACGGUACGAGAAUCGACUUGCGGCACCACAAACGUGCCGGUCAGAUCUCGCUGGAAUACGGCUGGAAAGUCGAGCGACAUCUCCAAGACGGCGAUUAUAUCAUAUUCAAUCGUCAACCGUCGCUUCACAAAGAGUCUAUGAUGGGUCACAGAGUUAAGGUGAUGCCGUUCUCUACGUUCCGCCUCAACCUGUCUGUCACAUCGCCAUACAACGCAGAUUUCGACGGCGAUGAGAUGAACUUGCACGUACCGCAGUCCGAGGAGACGCGGGCCGAAGUUCGGGAACUCUGCAUGGUUCCCCUCAAUAUUGUUUCCCCCCAACGAAACGGGCCGUUGAUGGGCAUUGUGCAAGACACGCUGGCUGGCGUAUACAAGAUGUGCCGACGCGACGUCUUCUUGACCAAGGAGCAGGUUUUCAACAUCAUGCUCUGGGUGCCUGAUUGGGAUGGUAUUAUCCCCCAACCGGCUAUCCUCAGACCGGUUCCACGCUGGACCGGGAAGCAGAUUGUCAGCAUGAUCAUCCCGAGGGAGAUCAGCUUCUACGCCAAGCCCGGAGGUGGCUCAUGGUGCCCACUAACCGACGACGGCUGCUACGUCCAGUCCGGUCAGCUACUGUUUGGUCUUCUCACCAAGAAGAAUGUCGGUGCCGCGGGAGGAGGCAUAGUCCACCUAUGCUACAAUGAGCUCGGACCCGAAGGCGCGAUGGCUUUCCUUAAUGGGUGCCAGCGCGUCGUCAACUACUGGCUCUUCCACAACGGCUUCAGCAUCGGUAUCGGUGAUACUAUCCCCGACAAGAUUACCAUCGAGAAGGUUCAAAAAAACAUUGACGAGCAGAAGGACGAGGUCGCUAAGCUCACGGCCCAGGCCACUGCGAACCAGUUGGAAGCUCUCCCUGGUAUGAAUAUUCGAGAAACGUUCGAGAGCAAGGUUUCGAAGGCCCUCAACUCUGCCCGAGACAAGGCAGGUACCACCACCGAGAACAGUCUCAAGGACCUCAACAAUGCCGUAGUCAUGGCUCGGUCUGGUUCGAAGGGGUCCUCGAUCAACAUUUCCCAGAUGACUGCUCUGGUCGGUCAGCAGAUCGUCGAAGGCAAGCGUAUCCCCUUCGGCUUCAAAUACCGAACUCUACCGCACUUUACCAAGGAUGAUUAUUCGCCCGAAGCUCGAGGUUUCGUCGAGAACUCCUACCUGCGUGGCUUGACACCUUCAGAAUUCUUUUUCCACGCCAUGGCAGGUCGUGAGGGUCUCAUUGAUACCGCCGUCAAGACCGCCGAAACCGGUUACAUCCAGCGUCGUCUCGUGAAAGCUCUCGAAGACGUUAGCGCGCGGUACGAUGGUACCGUUCGAAACUCCCUUGGUGACAUCAUUCAAUUCAUCUACGGAGAGGAUGGCCUGGACGGAAUGCACAUAGAAAAGCAACCAAUGGACCACUGGGUCCUUAGGGAUGUCGACUUUGAGAACCGAUACCGUAUUGACGUGAUGGAGGACCUUAAUCAGCCGGUGCUCGAUGCGCUCGAGUACGGUCAGGAUCUCGUAGGUGACGCGACUGUUCAGGAGCUUCUAGACGCGGAGUGGGAAGCAUUGUACAAGGACCGCCAAUUUCUACGUGAACUAAAGAAGAACGUCGAGAAGCUUGAGGAGAUGUUCCAGCUUCCCCUCAACGUUGGUCGACUAAUUGAAUCUUCGAAGCAACUCCUCAAGGUUGACGACGCCAAGCGAAGUAACCUCUCCCCCCAAGAUGUCAUUCCUGUGGUGAAGGACCUAUUAGAAAGAAUGGUUGUCGUUCGUGGAUCCGACCCAGUCUCGAUAGAAGCCGACGACAACGCAUCGAAGCUCUUCAAGGCCCUUCUUCGUUCGCGAUUGGCCUUCAAGCGUGUCGCAGUGCACCAUCGCCUAGAUAAGCUGGCUUUCCGUCACGUCGUGGGCGAGCUAGAGUCUCGAUGGGCGAAAGCGAUGGUGAACCCCGGCGAGAUGGUGGGCGUAUUAGCUGCACAGUCUAUCGGUGAACCUGCGACACAGAUGACUCUAAACACGUUCCAUUUUACCGGUAUCUCGUCCAAGAACGUCACACUCGGUGUCCCGCGACUCAAGGAGAUUCUCAAUGUGGCCAGCAACAUCAAGACGCCCUCCAUGAUGGUAUUUUUGGAUGGCUCUGCCGCUUCGCAGGACCACGCGAAGAAGCUUCGAAGCGUUGUCGAGCAUACGAAUCUCCGUUCUGUUACGGCAAUUACCGAAGUCUACUAUGACCCCGACAUUGAGUCGACCACAAUCCCGGAAGACGAUGACUUUGUGUCGUCGUAUUUCCUACUUCCAGACGAUAGCCAGCCUUCCAUUGAUCGGCAGUCACGUUGGCUGCUUCGUUUCGUCUUGGAUCGACAAAAGAUGCUCGAUAAGGGUCUGACUGUUGAAGAUGUGGCUACCCGUCUCCGAGAGGAGUAUCAUAACGAUCUCGCGGUUAUUUGUAGUGACAAUAACGCGGAUCAACAGGUAAUACGUAUUCGGCCGAUGCCAGAAGACAAGGACGACUCGGAUAAGCCUAUCGAGGAUGAUGUGAUGCUGAAGCGUCUAGCCGACCACCUCCUUGAAAACUUAACACUGCGGGGAGUCAAGGGCAUCGAGCGAGCUUUCUUGAACAAGGGAACGAGAGUUGCCGUUGAUAAGAGCGGCGCCUUGAUUCAGUCGAAGGAUAGCCCGCUGUGUGAGGAGUGGUAUCUGGAUACGCAGGGCACGGCCCUACGGGAAGUCCUGGCCGUACCCGGAGUGGAUGCUCAGCGUACCAUCACGAACGACUUGUGGCAGACCGUGGAAGUCUUCGGCAUCGAAGCCGCCCGAGGCGCACUCCUGAACGAGUUGAGGAGAGUUUUGGCCUUUGACGGUUCAUACGUGAACGAGCGCCACCUUUCCCUCCUGGUUGAUGUUAUGACCUACCGAGGCAGCAUCGCCGCUGUUACCCGCCAUGGCAUCAACAGAGCCGACACUGGUGCCCUGAUGAGAUGUUCAUUUGAAGAGACUGUCGAGAUUCUUCUGGAAGCAGCCGCUAUCGGCGAGCUGGAUGAUUGCACUGGUAUAUCGGAGAACGUCAUGCUCGGACAAUUGGCCCCGAUGGGUACCGGUCACUUCGAAACCUAUCUGGAUCCCAAGAUGCUCGACACGGUCAUCUCGGACAACUCGAGAAUGGGUCUGAUGCCAGGUAUGACGAUUAAGGGUAGCCCCAUGGACGGUGCAGCGACCCCAUACGAUACCGGAUCGCCGAUGACGGACUCUGGCUACGGCAUAUCCCUCGCCUCGCCAUCGAUGGGUAUGGGCAACUUCUCGCCUAUCGUCGGGGCUGGUUCAGACUCGCCCUCAGGAUUCGGAACCGAGUAUGGAGGAUUCGGAAGCGCUAGUCCGUAUGGAGGACGAAGUCCUGGCGCAACGAGCCCGUUCUCAGGCGGUGCCUCGCCCACUUCGCCAUUCAGUAGUUACGGCGGCUACUCGCCCACUUCGCCUGGUGGAAGUUAUUCACCUACUUCACCAAUGAUCGGCGGUCGUUACGAUAGCUCACCACGGUUCAGUCCUUCUUCGCCGUCGUUCUCGCCAAGUUCGCCUCACUUCAGGGCCACGAGCCCAUCGAGUCCCAACUACAGUCCAACCUCGCCCAGCUACUCGCCUACCUCACCCUCGUCGCCGCAGCAUUAUUCUCCUACGUCUCCUGGUCUCAACUCUCCUACUUCGCCUAAUUACUCCCCAACGAGUCCCAGCUAUAGUCCGACGUCUCCUAAUCUCCAUGCGGGUGCUACAUCGCCUUCUUACUCGCCCGUGUCGCCAAACUAUUCACCGACGUCACCCGCGGCCUAUUCGCCGACAAGCCCAGGCUAUAGAACAUCGGGAGCCCAACAAUCUCCCACGAGUCCUCGCUACUCCCCAACGUCUCCCGCAUUUUCACCCAAGACUCCGGGUCCCGGUGGCAACGCCAGUCCCAAGUUCUCACCCACUUCCCCCAAGAACGACUAAUUCGCUCGUAUACCCCUUGGUUUCACUUAAUACCUGUGUUGAAUAAUAAACACUGGUGGCGUCUUGGGUUCCGUCUACAUUUGCAUCCAGGUGUUCCCGUUUUUUUCCGUUUCUGCUUUUUCAACCUCUUAACCUCCCCUAGAGGACUUAAUGCAUGAUAGAGGAAAGAUUCCCUUUGGCAUGUGCUCGAGACUCGAACAAGAGCUCGAGUGACGACAAAAGAAAGAAAACAAGUCAACCCCCAAAAAAAGACAAAAGGUGAAAUGUGGGCAUGAGAGAUCGGUUUUGUUUUGCUGUAUACUAGCAGAGAACGGGCUCAGAAAGAGUCCGAAAGAGGGGUUUUCAGUUGUUUUUCCUGGAGACAUGGACUGGUCAUAAGAUUGACAUUUCUGCCCGAUCGAGUUCCUAUCGUCGUCGUCAUUGCAUGUCGUGCGGAGAGAAGGAAGGGAAGGGCAAAGGAGACGAAGACGAGACGAAGGGGGGAAGAGAGAGAGGGGGAGAGAGGCUUCCCAAUGCACACGUCACCGGGAACAGAGACGGAUUAGGCAGAUAGGGCAGGUAGGCAGGAAAAUAAAUAUGCAUUCAUACGUA